AUGUCAACUCUAUCUUCAAUUUUUUCUUCACAAAACUUUUCAUCUAAAGCCAUAAUUAUUCCUGAAGAUGGAACAAUACUUUCUUAUCUUGAAUUAUUUGAUCAAAUUCGAUUAUUUCAAAGACGAAUAAUUGAUUUAUGUGAUUUACAAGUUCAAGAUGUUAUAAGCAUUAUUUUACCUAAUUCUUUAGAAUUCAUUAUUUCAUUUCUAGCUACUACUUUGUUACGUAAUAUUGCGGCACCUUUAAAUCCUAAUUAUACAGAGAAUGAAUUUAAAUUUUAUUUUGAUGAUUCAAAAAGUAAAGUAGUCGUUGUACCAAGUGGUUGGUCACAACAAAACAAAGCAGCUAUUAAAGCAUCCAAAAAAUUUAAUAUGGUAAUUAUAGAAAUUAAAUGGGAUCAUUUACGCAAGGAAAUAAAAUUAGAAAUUCCAAAACAAAAAGUGAAUCCAAAUGAUGUUGCUCUUUUGUUACAUACAUCAGGAACUACCGGAAGACCUAAAGGUGUUCCACUUACACACAAAAAUAUUACUACAACCAUGAAGAAUAUAAUAAAAACAUAUCAAUUAAAUUCUAAUGAUUGUACUUUAUUAGUAAUGCCUUUGUUUCAUGUUCAUGGAUUAAUUGGUGGAACUCUUUCAACAUUACUUUCUGGAGGAAUUGUUGUUAUUCCUGAAAAAUUUUCUGCAAAAAAAUUUUGGAAUGAUUUUUUAGAUUAUAAUUGUACUUGGUACACUGCUGUACCAACUAUCCAUCAAAUCCUUUUACUUCAUCCCUUUCCUUCUCAAGGUGUACCAAAACUUAGGUUUAUUCGUUCAUGUUCUUCUUCACUUGCUCCUAGCACUUUAUUUAAACUUGAACAAAUAUUCCAUGUUCCUGUUCUUGAAGCUUAUGCUAUGACAGAAGCUUCUCAUCAAAUGACUUCUAAUCCUUUACCACCUUUAAAACAUAAACCUGGGUCAGUAGGAAUUCCUCAAGGUGUUCAAAUUACCAUUCUCGAUGAAAAUGGUAAACCCACGAAAGAAGGGGAAGUAUGCAUUAAAGGAGAAAAUGUUACUUUGGGUUAUCUUAAUAAUCCUUCUGCUAAUGCUUCAUCAUUCACUAGUGAUGGUUGGUUUAGAACUGGGGAUCAGGGUAAAUUUGAUAAUGAAGGUUAUUUAUUUUUAACUGGUCGUAUUAAAGAACUUAUAAAUCGAGGAGGUGAAAAAAUUUCUCCAUUAGAAAUUGAUUCAGUUCUAUUAUCACAUCCUAUCAUUUCGGAGGCUGUAUCUUUUGCAGUUCCGGAUAAGAUUUAUGGUCAAGAAGUUCAUGCAGCAAUUAAAAUUUUAUCAUUGAUAGCAGAAGAACGAUUAUUGGAUCAAGAAAUCGAAGAACAAAAAAGAAAGCGACAGACUGUGGAAACAAGAAAUCGCGUGCUUAAUGAAAUUUCAGUAAAAGAUCAUAUUUCUGAAACGGUGGAGCAAUAUAAAAAAGCAUUGCCACAAUUAAAUCAGGAGAUUCAAGAUAUGAAAGAACAAAUCGCACGAGAAAAAGAAAUAUUGAAUGAAUUCGAUAUUAUUAAUAAAACUUUAUCAGAAAAACUUGAACUUUCUAAUGAACAUAUUUCACAUGAUCCCAGAUUUGAAAAUUUACAUGAAAAAUUCCAAAAAGUUCAAGAAAUAUUUGAUGAAUUAAAUGAGGAAUUAUUUAAAUUUAUUGAGCAUAAUUUUGAGAAUAAAACAAUGGUAGAUGAUAAUAACGAACAAAGAACUUCGUCUCUAAAAACGAUAUUAGAAGAUUUAAUGAAUCGAGCAUUUUCUGAUGCUCCUUAUAUUCGAGUCGACAUUGAUCGAGUAUGGAAACCUUAUGUUGGAACGUUAAUUCGCGCUGGAAUUGCACAGAGACAUCCAAAUGACGCGAAUUUGAUUAAAUUAGUAGAGUUUCACAAGUAA